AUGUCGGCAAACCUUGCCAGCUUUGGGCGCCGCAAGUUUGUCAGCACAAGAGCUUUAGCUGAAAUCUUGCAAGAGGUGAAGAGGUCUGGUUUGCCAAAGGCAGCAUCCAAGGACAGCAUCAAGAGGGCUAGGGAAAAGGAUGUGGCUGACAUGGCCAACGGAUGUGGCACUUUGGUUACCUAUCUUGAGUUUGAGCGUGAAGACCCAAAGCGAAAACCCAUUGGCACAGUGCAGCUUCCCUUCGUGAAUCCACUGGCUUUCCUCCAGUACAUUGUGGGUAAUGCUGAGUCGUAUGCUCGAUACUUUUCAAAGUAUCUCGAUGGAGCGGGUGAAUCGCCACAUGAUCCACUGGAGAAACUUAGACUCAAAGGCCUGGGGAUUGACCAGCUCUGGUUUACCCUGGGUUUAGCCGCAGCCCGCUCCAACAUUGUGUCGCAUAUCAAAGGAGGAACGUCGGCAUAUACCAGAAAGGCCAUGAGCCUCUUUGUGGAGCCUAUCAAUGCCCUGCGUGGUUUCCAUCUUCAUGUGGGUGGCAAUACCGUUGUCAAAUUUUUCCGUUUUGCAAUUUUCAUUGCUGACGAAGUAGCUCUGAAAGACUCCUUUGGAUUCAAAGGUGCAUCAGGUGUUCAGAUUUGCCCAUUGUGUACCAACAUUGUUGCUGAGUCCAGCAAUUUGCAUCAGUUCAGCUCAACGUUGCAGCCCAGCACAUCCGUGAACCCAGCUGUUUGGCAACGAUGCAGUGAUGCUUCCAUGUUUGCUAAAAUAGCCAAAUUGCACCAGUCGUUUGGAACUAUCUCCAAGGGCGCCUUUGAGGAGCUUGAGAAGUCACUUGGGUGGCUCUAUAUACCGAGUGGCCUCAUGGGGGAUGGCAUGUCAAAUCCUUUGGAGCUGACACCAGCAUACAUGAUUUUCUACGAUUACAUGCAUACCCUUUUUGUCAAUGGGGUGUGCAAUGUGGAAGUCGGUGGGCUCAUGGGGCAUUUGAAAUCAGUUGGCAUCCUGCAGGGUGAGCUCCAUGAGUUUUUGAACAGCUUGACUUGGCCAUCUUCAGUGGUUGGUAGCUAUGUGGCAUUAGCAGAGUUGAUUGAUGUCCUUCAAGCUGUGAGACGGGGCAAAAGGAAGGUCGUGGUGGGAUGCUCUGUGCAUGAAAGGAAGCAUCGUGUGGCAAAAAAGUUUGCAGAAAACAUCAGGGGAGUUGGUGAAAAUUUUGAAUCUUCGAUUUUGAAAGAAGUCCUUUACAUGAACGUGCAGGAUCUUAGCGACAAAGAUUUUGACCAAUUGCACGUUGGCUUGGUCCAACCAAUCCCUGCCAAUCCAAGACUGACCUGGCUUUUGCAGAGUGCCAUGGGACUUCAUGGCAUGGUCAUGUGCGCGCGUCGGGCUCACUAUGAGCUGGGCUGUAUCUGUGCUGUCGACGACUUUGUGAUCUUCCCUUCUGAAGAGGGCAUCCUUGUACGUAAAGUUUGUUUCUUUGCCAGCAUCAAUCAUAUGAAUCUGGCUUGCGUCCAAAUUUGGGAUGCCAAAGGUGGCAAUGAGUUUGUUUGA